UGAAUGGGCAAUGAUCUCAGGAAGUACAGUGGUAAAUAGAUGUAAAAAUGUUUUGAUGUCAAUAUUUCAUGUUUAUAAUAUUAACAGAGGAAAUGUAAUGUUUGACCGCGAUUUCAAUAGCAGGUUUAAGCCUUUUAUAGAGCAACUAUGUAAGUCGGCUAAUGCAGUCAGUAACUUAAGGAAUUGGUUGGCGACAGUUCAAAAGACAAAAAGGAGAUUCUUAUCUACCCUAUCCUAUAUUGCCUUUGGUUGUUUGAAGUGCUCCUUUUUGAGUGUUAAAUGCCUGACCCCAUGAACUAUUGUAAAGUGCAUGCUUUAUGUUUCACGGUGGAGAACAAAAGUUGCAGUUGCUUGCAUGAAAGAGAAAGGUACGGAUGCGUCUAUAUAUGCUCCAGGAUGCAGAGAGAUGGACAUCUUCUGUUAGAAAGCUGUUUGAGGACUUUGUGCACAUUAGUCUCCUGCUCUGUUCUCCCGGAACCAUGGCUGUUGUGGAGCUCAAGGUUGGAAUGCACUGCGAAAGGUGCAUCAAGGCGAUUAAGAAGGCUAUAAAAACGAUCGAUGAUAUGGAGAGCUAUCAACUAGAGACGGAGAUGAACAAGGUCACCGUGACAGGGAACGUGACCCCGGAGGAAGUCGUCAAGGCUCUCCACAAGAUUGGGAAGACGGCAACCUGCUGGACGGAAGAUUGAGAACUGAUGGUUUUCUCAGCCCCACUCUGACAGUCAGUUAGCUAUCAAGUUACUACCUGCAGAUGCUACUCACUACCGGUAACUUGAGCUUAUAGUCUAGCUAAUUACUCGCGAGUAGUAUUAGUUAAUCUGCUUUCCUAGCUUGUGUACCAGGAUCUUUGCACACUGCAGCUAUUCUAGAAAUAAACAGGGACACAUGCUGUGAAAAACGGGUUGCUGCUGCUAGGCGCAGUUACUUGGUCUGGUUGAUGCCAGUCGCGGUCUUGCGGUGUUUUAA